GUUCUUCUUUCCUUCUUCUACCCCGUCUUGGAAGAUUUCUCAAGGGAAUCCACCUAAAAUGCUCCGAAAAUUCAACCCUUGUCUUCUUCUUCUUCUUCUUCUUCUUCUCUGCAGAUCAACAUGAACACAGAGAACCAGGGAACUUCCAAUGGAUGGCCGCUGGGACUCGAGAUUAUGACAGUAAGACUCCAAAUUGGCGAAAGGCUAUCGGCUGCUCCAGUCAUGGCACGAGGGCCUUAUUCUUUUCACCUCCCAUCAAGCAGUUUCUCCUCAUUUUCAUCAUCCAAUCUUGACACCGAGUCCACAACAUCUUUCUUCAAAGAUCACAGUGUGUCACUAGGCAAGUUGAUUGGACUUAGAACUGGUGAGAGAGGAAGGUUGUACUUUACGAAUUCCAUCCAAUGUGAACAACGUGAGAGAUUGUCUGUAAGAACUCAGUGUGCAGAUGCAUCUGUAGCACAUAAUAAACCAGAAAUGUCUCCAGGAAUCUGCGUUCCUCUGCUUCUAUGUGCCCUUGUGAAAACAGGUCGGACUCGGAAUCGGAGUCAGAGUCGGAGUCAAAGUCAGUCUAGUGGGUAAGCUUGAGGGAUGACAAUUCCACUUGAUGUGUUCUUCCUUGGCAUGAAACAAACAACACACUUCAUUGACAUGCAAUUUUUUUUUUCUUUUGUUUCUUUUAUUAUUUUUUUAUUUCAUAAUUUUCUGUACUUGAAAAUCAGUCAUUCCUUAUAAUGUAAAUUUUGUUAUUUUU